AUGAGUUUAAACGAUAUCAAAGUACCUGUGGAGGUGAACCCUACCGAAGACACGGAAUGGAACGACAUUCUCCGGGCUCACGGUAUUAUCCCAGAGAGACCAAAAUCUCCCACAGAAGAGCUUGAAAGGCUUCUUGAAGAACAAGUUCAGAAACAGCAUGAAAAUCGUCUCGAACACAAGACUAUGGACGAAUUGGAUGCCUUGGAAGAUGAGGAGGACGAAGAAUUUUUGGAGGAGUACAAAAAUAAGCGGUUCGAACAGCUCCAACAGCUCCAGCAACGGUCAAAAUACGGAUCGGUGUUGCCCAUUACAAAACCUGAGUACGAGGAGGAAGUGACGCUUGCGUCGGAGAACUGUUAUGUUUUCGUGCACAUGUCGUUGCAACUGGCCGUUCAAAGUCGCCUUCUCAGUGUGAUCACGACGUCAUUGGCGCAGAAGUUUCCCGAGGUGAAAUUUGUAGAAAUUCCCGCCAACAGAUGCGUAGAGAACUACCCAGAUGCAAACUGUCCUACGAUUAUGGUUUAUCAUAAGAAGAAUAUUGUGAAACAGUUUGUGACUCUCACGCAAUUGGGUGGAAGCGAUUGUAAGACCCCAGACAUCGAGAGCGUCUUGGUCGAGGUGGGUGCUGUGGAUGCUGCCAACGAGAGGCUUGAAAACAACCAGCUCGAUGAGGAUCUAGAGGAGACAAGACGUCUCCGGUUUGUGAAAAAAUCUAUAAGAGAUGCACCAGAAGAUGAUGACAGUGACUUCUACGACUAA